AGCAGACGAAGUCGCGUGCAAAGGCAGUCAACCAAUAAAAAAAGUCGUAAACCUAUCUUUACCUGGGAGGUAUAUAAGCUUUACUACCGUAUGAGAAUGUAUCACUCAUUGAAACAGUUCCAAAAACUGCCCAGCAAUAUUGAAAUGGCGCUUAUUAGUUGCUUUGUACUGCUGGUAGCAGUAAGUGCAAUCAGUUCUGGCUGUAUUGGGGCGACUGAUGAUGUCACGGCGGGCACAGAACUUGUAUUUGCUUUCAUGAUUCAUCGUCAUGGAGACAGGACCCCAAUCAGCACCACGUUGGCGUUGGUGCCCGAAGGUGAUGAUGAGGAUGUUCUGGCCUUGAUUGAGCCUUGGGGUUAUGGACAACUGACGGACGCUGGCAAAAGGACAGGGUUCAAAACCGGAGAGUUCAUCCGCCGUCGAUACAACGAACUUUUGUCAACAAAAUAUAACCAAUCAGAGAUAUACAUUCGUUCAACGGACGCGACUAGAACCAAAAAGACAGUACUCACUGCCAUGAGCGCUGUGUACCCUGUUACUAAUGAUUCUUGGAGUGAUACGAUUAAUUGGGAUCCAGUACCGUACACUACCGUUCCUGUUAAAUACGACUUUAACACCGCGCCAGCAAACUGCCCUCUUCUGAUAGCUGCUGAGAAAAUAGCAUUAUUGUCUGAGCAACCUAGAAUGGAUCCAUUUGCUGAAGUCAUUGAGAAAGUAUCAAACAUAAACGGUGUAAACAUCUCUGCUUUACCGCUUCUUAUUACCGGUGUGCACAACGUCUAUGUCAGUCUGCUCAGUUUAGGUUACGAUGUCAACGAAGAAAUAAUGGUCUUAAUGCCUGAAAUCAAGGCAGCGAGUGAUGUCGCCUGGGAUAUUAUAUAUGGUGACGACAAAUACCUCAGUCUGCAAGCUGGUCCAUUCCUGAAUGAAUUCUUCACUUAUGCCAACAAAGUUAUUGCUGGAGAUAACACACAGAGAGUCAGAGUAUACUCUGGGCAUGACAUCAAUGUAUAUUCUCUGGAAGCCAUCACUCAAGUGAAGCCUAGACAAGGGGCUCCGAAGUAUGGAGCCCUACUUUCUUUGGAGCUGCGAAGAAUUGUAAAAACAGGACAGUAUGUUAUUCUGCCAGUCUACCUGGGUAACCCUCACGACGGCCAAAAACAGUACCUGACAGUUGGAGGCUGCAACCAGCUCUGUGACUUCGAUAGCUUCUACGACAUCACCAGCCCAUACCUCCUGGAUGUGGCAACCUGGCGCGACGAGUGUGGAUUCUAUGAAGAUAUGGAUGUGGACAGUCUCGAAUAACAACUAUUAUGAUGCUCAUAGAAUAAGGAAUAAUACUACGUAUAGAACGGCAUGAGGAGCUCGGUGGCGCAGCAGUAAACGCGCUCGGUCUGCGAUUGUUGAAGUUACGCAACUUUCGCAAAGGCCGGUCAUAGGAUGGGUGACCACAAAAAAAAAGUUUUUAUCUCGAGCUCCUCCGUGCUUCGGAUGGCACGUUAAGCCGUUGGUCCCGGCUGCAUUAGCAGUCGUUAAUAACCAUCAAUCCGCACUGGGCCCGCGUGAUGGUUUAAGGCCCGAUCUCCCUAUCCAUCCAUAGGGAAGGCCCGUGCCCCAGCAGUGGGGACGUUAAUGGGCUGAUGAUGAUGAUGAUAGAACGGCAACUCUCCGCUCCCCACCAGCGACUGAGCUAGGUUUACCUCACCCCCUCGGUCUUACUUUCGUAUUCUAUCGUAUGGCGUCAGACGUCACACACACAGAUGCGCGUGUACGAUAACGUUAAUGUGUAGUGUCUGUGUAAAACGAAGUGUUUUGUAUGAAGUGUCCGGGGUGUGCCACGUUACUAACAAUUAUGACAAUCGACAGUGACUGAUAAAAAUGUAUGGAAUUGACACAUAAAGUGACAUAGUCAAACUAGUUGCUUUUGCAUUUGAAUUUGUAUUAAAAAGCUACAUGUGACGUCAUAGAAAAACGUGACAGAUGACAGAUGUUGCACUUAUUAUAAAUUUUUUUGUUAUUAAAAUUCAAAGUUACAUAGAAUAAAUAAAUCUUUCUAUUUUAUAUCUGUAAAUAAAUCGUCAGUUUUA